GGUACUACUAUCAUUACUCUUCGGAUCACAUCAUUGCGCUCACCGACGCCCUUCUCUCUCUCUCUCCUCUCUCUCUCUCUCUCUCUCUCUCUCUUACAGCCACCAAUCCAUUGCCAAAUUCUGGUUUUUGAAGGUUAAUUUCAUGGUAGUUCUCCUCUUUAAUUUCCACCAUUUUUAGUGCUAUUUUACAAAUCACCAAUUUGGGUUUACUUACAGUACUGGAACAGUAUGGUUCAAUUGAGUAUUGAUAUCUGUGGUGAAUGAGAUCUGAAGUUUUGCUGCUAAGCUGAGAAGGAAUUAAGAGAGGUGCACUGUAGAGAUGAAGAUGAAAUUUAGAAAGCCAGUGUUGUUCUUAUUGCUAGUGACUGUUUUGGCCCCUAUUGUUCUCUACACUGACACUCUUGCCUCUUAUUUUACUCCUCCUUCAUCAAGAACUGAGUUCAUUGAAGAUCUCUCUACCUUCACACUUGGUGGUGACGUCCGGCCUCUAAAUUUGCUGCCUCAGGAGUCAUCCACAUUGCUCAAAGAACCACCGGGCAACGUAUAUUCAGAAAAUUCAAGCCUUUCCCUUUCCAAUACCUCAGACACUUUAAGCAGCGAGGAUGCUCGUAAAGCAAGACAACUAACUGAAGCAGAAUCAAUGAAGCACCAAGCUGCUACUGGAAACAGCAACGAUGGAAUAGAAGUGGCUAUGAAUGGAAAUCGCAUAAGUCAGGUUACUGAUAGCUUGCAUGAACCGCAUCAAAUGGACAAAACUUCACUGGAACUUGUAUCAGCUGAGAGAAGUGAAGGCAGAGCAACAGACACUAGCUCAAAGAAGAAGACAAGUCCAACAGAUUCUAGCCACACCUCGGAUACCACAUCUGCGAAAACGGAAAUAAGGCAGGAUCAACGUACUGUUCAAACCAGUGGUAGAGUUGUAUCUGGAGAGACAGCAGGGGGCAAAGGUGAAGAGCAGAAUGCACAAGUGGUUCCUCCUGAUGCUCGUGUUCGCCAGCUUAAAGAUCAGCUCAUUAGGGGGAAGGUCUACCUUUCACUCUCAGCAACACGAAACAACCCCCACUUCAUUAGAGAACUUCGCUUGCGGAUUAAAGAAGUACAACGAGCACUUGGUGAGGCCAGUAAGGAUUCCGAGCUGCCAAGGAAUGCCUAUGAGAAGUUGAAGGCGAUGGAGCAAACAUUGGCCAAAGGGAAGCAAAUUCAAGAUGAUUGUGCUACUAUAGUAAAGAAGCUUCGCGCUAUGCUUCACUCAGCAGAAGAGCAGCUUCGUGUCCACAAAAAGCAAACAUUGUACUUAACGCACUUAACUGCUAAGACACUCCCUAAGGGUCUGCAUUGUCUUCCCUUGCGCCUUUCAACAGAGUAUUUCAGGUUAAAUUCUUCCCAACAGCGAUUUCCAAAUCAAGAGAAUUUAGAAGAUCCCAAGCUGUAUCACUAUGCACUCUUCUCAGACAACAUUUUAGCAGCUGCGGUCGUCAUAAACUCAACUGUUUCCCAUGCAAAGGAUCCUUCAAAGCACGUUUUCCAUAUAGUAACAGACAGGCUUAAUUAUGCUGCAAUGAGAAUGUGGUUUUUAGCAAAUCCACCGCAGCAUGCUACAGUAGACGUCCAAAAUGUUGAGGAAUUCACCUGGCUAAAUUCAAGUUACAGUCCAGUUCUGAAGCAAUUGGCUUCUCAGUCCAUGAUAGAUUAUUACUUCAGGAGUCGUGCUGAUUCUGAUCCGAAUGUGAAGUUUAGGAAUCCAAAGUACCUUUCAAUCAUGAAUCAUUUACGUUUUUACUUGCCGGAGAUAUUCCCAAAGCUGGAUAAAGUUCUCUUCUUGGAUGAUGAUAUUGUUGUGCAAAAGGAUCUUAGUGGCCUAUGGUCUCUUGAUCUUAAGGGUAAGGUGAUUGGUGUGGUUGAGACUUGUGGAGAAAGCUUUCAUCGAUUCGACCGCUACCUCAACUUCUCAAAUCCUUUGAUCUCCAAACAUUUUGAUCCCCGUGCUUGUGGUUGGGCAUUUGGAAUGAACAUCUUUGAUCUAAAUGAGUGGAGGCGGCAAAACAUCACAGAGGUGUACCACUCAUGGCAAAACCUG